GCGAAGUCAAGGUGGGCCGGUCCCAGUCGAACACUUCUGGCCCUCCGUCGCCACCGUCGGCGUCGCUCUCCUGCAGUGCUCAGUCCGUCCUGGAGCGUCCGCGCGUGGGUUAGGUGGAACCGGAGUUCGGGGCUUUAUGGAGCAGAGCCCGGCUGCGGUUGGGGCCGUUAGACGUCUCCGUAGCCAGGCCCCGCAGCAGCAGCAUCACCACCACCAUCAGGGUCCGGAAAACAACGAAGACGGGCGGCAUGGAAAGAAGUCUGCCGGAGGCGGCUGUCCGAGGCUACUGUCCGAAGCGGGCGCCUCGCUUCCGCUGCUGCUAUACUUGCUCGGGUUGCGCGUGCUCGUGCACGUCUCCUUCCAGCGGCUGGUGCAGGCGCCGCGAGACCCGAAAGAAUUCGACGCCCUUCGCGCCAGGGCAUAUCUAGAAAAUAUUACCGCAUUUGGCCCCAGGGUCGUUGGAAGCCCAGAAAAUGAAAUCCUUACUGUCAGCUACCUCUUACAACAAAUAAAAGCAAUUGAAAUUGAAAGCAGUAAUGUCCACAAGAUCUCUGUAGAUGUACAAAGGCCAACAGGCACCUUCAGUAUUGACUUUCUUGGAGGCUUCACCAGUUACUAUGAUAAUAUUACAAAUGUGGUGGUUAAACUGGAACCUAGAAGUGGAGCUGAGCAUGCAGUACUGUCCAAUUGCCACUUUGACUCUGUGCCAAAUACUCCAGGUGCCAGUGAUGACGCUGUCAGCUGUUCUGUGAUGCUAGAGAUACUGCACACACUUUCAAAAUCUCCUGAACCUUUGCAGCAUGCUAUUAUAUUCCUGUUCAAUGGUGCAGAAGAAAGCAUCUUGCAGGCUAGUCAUGGCUUCAUUACACAGCACCAUUGGGCUAAAUCAGUUAGAGCAUUUAUUAAUCUGGAGGCUGCUGGAGUAGGAGGGAAAGAGCUUGUAUUUCAAACAGGACCUGAAAAUGCUUGGCUGGUGCAGGCCUAUAUCUCUGCUGCAAAACAUCCUUUUGCCUGUGUUGUAGCUCAAGAGGUGUUUCAAAGUGGCAUCAUCCCAGCAGAUACAGACUUCCGAAUUUAUAGGGACUUUGGCCACAUUCCAGGAAUAGACCUGGCUUUCAUUGAAAAUGGCUAUAUCUAUCAUACAAAAUAUGACACAGCAGAUCGAAUUCUGACAGAUUCUAUUCAGAGAGCAGGAGACAAUAUCUUAGGAGUGCUGAAAUACUUGGCAAAAUCAGACAACCUGGACAAAUCUUAUGAAUAUCAACAUGGGGAAACUGUCUUCUUUGAUGUCUUCGGUGUGUUUAUUCUGGCUUACCCAGCUCGUGUUGGUGCCAUUUUGAACUAUGUCAUCACAGCACUGGCUGUUCUUUAUCUAGGCAAAAAAAUAUUACAGCCCAGAAUGAGAGCGAUUAAUUACCCAAGGGAACUUGCCAUUGCAUUUGUGUUUACAGUUCUGACUUGGCUCACCACUUUGCUUGGCAUCCUUAUUUUGGCAGUGUUUAUUUCUCUCAUUGGACGCUCUCUUUCUUGGUACACUCACUUCUAUGUGUCCAUUUUUCUGUAUGGAACUGCAGCCUUGGCUAAAUUGAUUUUUGUGCACACAUUGGUCAAGAGAUUUCAUUAUAAAAAUGCAAAUGAACAGUUCCUUGGAGAGAUUUUCUUCGAUGUUUCACUGAUUUUUUGGUCGAUUAUGUUGGUCUUGUUUACGUACCUAGGAAUUUGCUCAGCGUUUGUCAGUGCGAUAUGGGUAGCAUUUCCCCUACUCACAAAAUUAAUGACUUAUAAAGAGUUCAAAGAAAAAGGUGCCACAAUGAAGUUUCUUCUGAUAUACCUUCUGGGAAUGUUUGUUCCAUACCUCUACUUAAUGUACCUCAACUGGAUUAUAUAUGAAAUGUUCAUUCCCAUCAUGGGGCGCAGUGGUUCAGAAAUUCCACCUGAUAUAUUGAUGGCUUCUUUUGUUGUUGUGUCGUUUAUAUUACUUUCUUCCUACUUCCUUAAUUUCAUCUACCUUGCUAGAAGCACAAAGAAGACAGUAGUAACCUUAACUACAGUUUUUGCAGUUGUAUUUAUCCUUGUCUGCAGUGGCAUCUUCUUCCCUUAUAGCUCAGAUUUAAGAAAUCCAAGGCCUAAGCGAAUUUUUCUUCAGCACUUGAGCAGAAGAUUUCAUGAUCUGGAUGGCCACUUAGCAAAAAGCGAUUCAGGAAUAUGGGUUAAUGGACUCGACUAUGCUGGAAUUUCUCAUGUAUCUCCUCAUAUUCCUGAACUCAAUGACACAAUUAGAACAAAAUGUGAAGAACAGUCACCUCUCUGUGGAUUACCUUGGAUCCUUCCUGUGGACUAUCUUUUUAGGAAAAACUGGUAUCUUCCUGCUCCAGUGAUUGUGCCAAAGGGCUCUAUUCACUUUCAGCUUCUAUCCAAAGAGCAAAUGCCCUGGGAUUCUACCAAGUUGACUUUUGAAAUUUCAGGUCCAAGUCAUAUGUCGGUAUACCUUCGACCACAUCAAGGGGCGAUUUUGUCCAGGUGGUCCCUUGGAGAUGGAACUCCUGUUGUUAAUAUAGGGGGAGAUUACUUUGUGUAUUAUUCACAUGGGCUCCAGGCCUUGCCAUGGCGCUUCUGGAUUGAAAUGAAGGUCUCAGAUGAGCCAGUUAAAGGAAUGGUCACCCUUGCUAUAGCUGCCCAUUAUUAUUUUGGGGAAGAUCAGAAGUCACCCCAGUUACAUGCCUUAUCAGAAAGAUUUCCAAAUUGGACAUUUCACUCCAGUUGGGUCUCCACCUAUGACCAAUUUGUCUUUUAAACCAGAGAUAACAUAAAGAUCACUUGAUGAUAGAUACUGGAUAACUGCUUUAAUUUAUAGGGAGUUUGGGCAAGUCAGAGGAGACAGGAGUUUGGCAAUAGUGAAAAAUACUUUACCUACAAGGGUGUUUCUAUGGCAGCUCGGAUACCUAAAGGGUGGUGAAGUUAUCUGUUUCCUCCUUGGGAAAAGAAGAGCCUCAGUGUUUUCAUGCAGUAUGUACCACCCCAUUUCUCUCACUUGAAUGACCAAUAUGCCUGUGAUACACUUAAGAUGAACCUUAGCUUUGAGAUAUGGCUUUACGAUGGACUUCCUGAUCGUCUUGUAACAAAAGGGGCUUUUGUUCUGGAUUCUGAGCACAAUGAGUUAAAUACUCCUCCAUAGGCAUUAAAUAAUGUGAGUUCUGCCUUCCCUAAACCCUUGUCGAUCCUUUCUAAUAAUCUGAAUUAAAGCUCAGAGAUUUUUAUGAUUGUACAUCAUGGAGGAUAAGCAAGUGUUAAAUGAUUACAGUUCUGGGGUAAUGACGCCUACUUACAAUGAAUUCUGUAAUCAAAGUUCUUAAAAUUAUGAAACCAGAGAAGUUGGUGAUCAGUCUCUUUCAAACCCAUUUUUCCUAUGUUGAUCUUACUGCUCUGUUUUCUUUAUAAUACUUGUCUUUCUCCUUUCUGGAGACUUGUGCUGAUGCUUUAAAACAGUCUAUUUUCAGUAAAAGUUGGAUAAUUUACCUUCUGCUCUGUGGGGAUCAAUAAGUGUGAAGGGCAGACUUACACUUAUCAGAUGCAAACACAUACACAUUAUCUUCUACGUUAAGCACUAAGCUACCACUUUGGCCUUCUGUCAUGUUUAUGUGUUUUUGUUGUUGUUUUGUAGUCAAUAAGUGGUUGAUUAUUAACUUUUAUUUCUUAUGAGUUUUUCAUAGUUGAAUUAGGAAAUCUCAUAGGAAAUCCCAUUGCAGUACAACUGUCUAAAAGUAGAAAAUGUGCUCUGAAAAAAAUUGAAUGAGCUAGUGCAGCACAAAGUUUGAGUACCUGACAAAUGUGUCACUGCUUUUUAAAAAAAUUCUCCAUAGCCUUUUCAGCAUAAUAAUCUAAAUAUUCAAAGCCACAAUAUUUCUGUGCACUCAAAAAAAGCAUGCUUGUGGAAGAAAUGUAUACUGGCCGGAAAGUACCUUUCACUUCUAGAGAGCAGAACGGAGGCUGAAAACAGAAUUAACUAGGGCCCUUUUGCUGGUGAAUAUAAAAAGCAAACACGUUGUUUAAAAUAAACUCUUUGCUUUCUGAAUAAGAUGAUAGAUUAGUUGUAGAAAGUAAUUCAAACAUAAACAUCCGGUCACUUUGUCCUCUAUUUGCCAUCUUAUGAAAAAGAAAACAUGUAAUUCUUUUUACUUUCUUAAGUCCUUGGUACUCAAAUGAUCUGGAUUAUAUAGUCCUUUGUUGACAGAAGGUAGAAAACCAAUACUUGUACAUGCUGUUGUGUAAAUAUUUGGUAUGUCGCUACUUGGCUUAUUUUCUCUAAAGGGGCUUUACUACUUUGAAUAUCUACAGUGCCUGUGGGUAGAAAAGCAAUGCUCCAUCUCCCAUUACAGGUGUGGUUUCAGCUUAUGAAGUUAGGCUGCCCCCUUGAGAGCAUAGAGAGAAUUGCUGCUAAGAUGCCAAAUCACACAAGAGUCCAAAGAUGACUCCUUGCGUAUGUGCUCCUAUUCAGGAUGAUAUUCUGUGUUGGUUCCCAAACAAUAGUUUAACUGACAAGCUGCUUUUCCUCUUUGCACACAGCACUCCCCAUGUCAUUCAGACCCAGACAUUCCACUUGUAUUAGCCUUUGCCAGCCACCUUAUGCAGAAGGUAAUAUGAAAAUCGGUGGAAGUUAAGAUCCUAUGUACUUGCUUCUAAAAACAAGUUAUACUGUUAUUCUCUCAAACCCUACUGUUUUAGCUUAAUUGCUAUCAUUUGGGCUGUGUUAAAUAAUUCUUCACUUUUGUCACUGGGGAAAAUUUUUAUGAUUUGGCUUAUAACUUUUUUAAAAAUGCCAGUAAUUUUGAAUUUCAUCAGCAGUAAGUUAUGCAAUGUUUUUCUAGAUGCAGAACAAUUGCAAUUUCCAAAUUAGGGCAAAACUAGACAAUUUUGCUAAAGACACAGGUACUGCCAAAAUAGCAGUGCAUUUCAUAUCUUUAGAGGUGCAUUUCAUAUCUUUGCUCUUCAAGCAUAACUUAUGCAGCAUGGAGGGAUCACGACAUUCACUCAUCCCCUGCCCUCCCAACGACAAAAAUGCAGAAAAACAUAAUUUCAUGGCAGAAGAUGUCUUCUGCUGGCUCUUAAGAAGGGAGGACCUAGUUUCAUGGCUGCUAUUUCUGACUGCACCUAACGUGUUCAGUGUAAGAUAGCCCUAAGCAAUACCAUUGCUUUGCCCAUGAAACCCAAAACAUGCCAAGCAAUGCUGAUCAAAAGCCAGGUACACAAAGAUGUAUGUGACCUCUUGCCUUAGUAACUGCCAAUCCUGUGUUUUUUUUCUGUUAGGAAUUUUUCCCAUUUAGAAGCAAGUACAAUGUUCAUUCGUCCUAAUUGCCUUAUACAUAUUGACAUUUUAUAGUAGGGAAGUGCUUGCAAUGUAUGCCACUGCACUAUUGUACAGUUUGUGUUCUCUGGCAAACCCAGCUUGGAAGCAAUUCACAUCUGUCCACAAAGCCUUUCCUUAAAUUGAUGUCCAUUGUGCCUCUAAACUUAUGUAGCAUGCCGCAAUGAAAAAUAUCUUAAGAUGUGUCAAAAUAUGCAAGAAAUUAUUGACUUCCCCGUUGGAAGAAAAGCUUCACCUAACUCAGGAUGUGUAUUUUUAUUACAUAGCAGAAAGAAAUAAUGGGAUGAGCGGGGGGUGUUUUUUAUUUAAAAAUACUUAAUUGUUUAGCACCGGAAUUAUUCUAACUUGUCUUCCUUUGUUCUGGCCUUGCACUGAAAGGAGCUUUGUGACAAAAUGAGUUUGAGAAUAAAGAUUCUGACUUUAUUACCAGUCAAAUCUAACUUGUGGUAUGCCUGAUCAUUGCUUACAUAUGCCAUUGUGUAAAGUAUACCUAUAUAAAUCUAUGCUGUUUUCAUGCACAGCGUCUGCACCUUUGACUGGACUGUACCACUUUAGAGUAUAAGUGGCCUGCUUCUUUAUGGAGAAACACUUCCAUCUCAUAGAAACUAGUUGUGAAGAAAGGGUCUCGCUUGGUAUUCUGGGGUUAUGCUGCUUUUCUACCAGCAAGAUUUAUUUCAGAGUUUUUUUAGGGGGAAACAUUUGUGUUGUACGCCCUGACCUGCAGUUUGAAAUGGGAGAAGGGAGAAAGACAGACACUGCUGCAGCAAAAGGCUGUAAAACAGAUGUGAAAUGAGAAAAAAACAUGAAAAUAGAAUGGAAUGGAAAGUUAAAUGAUGCUAAAUAAAUACUUUAAGAAGAAAA